GGAAGGGAGGGAGGGAGCGAGGGGGAGAGCGAGCGAGCGAGAGAGCAUGUGUGAUGAGCAAUAGCUGUGGACCUUACAGUUGCCGCUAACUGCCCUGGCGUGUUUGUGAGAGUGAGGGUGUGCGUGUGUGUGAGUGUGUGCGAAGAGCGAGAAAGAGGGAGGGGAGGGAGUGGAGAGGGUGGGGGGAGAGAUAAGAGAGAGAGAGAGAGAGAGGAGGAAAAAGGAGAGAGGAGAAGGAAGGAACAACAAGGAAGAAAGGGGACAAUACAAUCAUGCUGUGCUGUAUGAGAAGAACAAAACAGGUUGAAAAAAAUGAUGACAUUGACCAAAAGAUUGAACAAGAUGGCAUCAAACCAGAAGAUAAAGCUCAUAAGGCAGCCACCAAAAUUCAGGCUAGCUUCCGUGGACACAUAACAAGGAAAAAGCUCAAGGGGGAGAAGAAGGGAGAUUCCCAAACUACUGAUGUUGAAGCUGGUGAGAAGAAGGAGGAAGUCCUCGCCAAUGGCUUGGCGGAUGGCAAAGCUGCUAUUACAGAAGCUGCUCCAACUGAGAAUGCCCUGCCUGCCGAUGGCAGCAAAGGAGGAAGCACUCCAGCAGAUGAGAAGCAGGGGGAGGGCACAGCUGACACUGGUUCAGAACAACCUGCCACAAAGGCCACUACUCCCGCUGCCCCGUCGGAGGAAAAGUCCACUGCUGUUGCCGCUGAAACGGAAAGUGCCACUAAAGCUUCUACCGAUAAUUCACCAUCCUUGAAGGCCGACGAAGCCCAAGUCAAGGAGGAACCUAAACAAGCCGAAGUGCCUGCCACUGUCACUACUGCCGUUACCCCCACUGCUGCAGAGGAUGCUACUGCCAAGGCAACAGCACAACCCCAAACAGAUACAGCGGAGAGUAGCCAAACCGAAGAGAAGACAGAUGCUGUAGAAGAAACCAAACCUUCUGAAAGUGCCCAGCAGGAAGAAGCGAAAGAAGACGAGAGCAAGGCGGACCAAGAAAAUGCCUGAACAUUAAGAAAUGACUCCCUGUUGCCCUGUGCUCCCUUCCUCUUUCCCCGUAUCUCCCCUCCCUCCCUUGUUCCAAUCUCACCCUCUCCCGCUCGCCCUUGGGCUGAGUCUGUCUGUCUUCCUUGUCCCCCCCGCUCCCCCCCCACCCUUAACCCUUUUUCUCUCUGUGUGGCAAACAUUUAAAGAAAAAAAAAAAGCAGGAAAAAUCCCAGUCAAACAGUGUGGCUUAAACAUUUUGUUUCUUGGUGUUGUUAUGGCGAGUUUUUUGGUAAUGAUGAUCCAAUCAUUUUGGGAAAAUUCUUGCACUGUAUCAGAAUUGUUUGAUCUGCGCGUGCGUGUGUUUGUCUGCCCACCACGAGUGCGCUCUCUCUCUCUCUCUCUCUCUCCUUCUCCCUCUCUCUCUCUCUCUGUUCCAAGUGUGUGCGCAAUGUUACGUUCAUCUGAGGAGUCCAAACCUAUUGAGUGAGUUAAGGAAAGGAAUAAAAAAAAAAGAGAAUGAACAUUUUUCUUUUCUUUUCUCCCCUUUUCAAUGUGAUGAUGAUGAUGAUGAUGGUGGAAUGAACUAAAGGAGGCAAAACAAACAAAGCAAAAAAAGAAAAAAGAAAAAAAGAAAAAAAGAAAACGGAAAACACAGAAUGAGAAUACAACCCCGGUUUGUUUUUAAAAAAUAAUAAAAUAAAAUAAAGGAAAUGUGCCAAUUAGCGUUA